AUGGCCAUCAAGGAAGAGUGUAUUGGCGGCAACGACGAUGACAAUACAAAGAAAUUAAAAAGUGAUGAAGAAGCUGGCUUUGAUUCAGAUUCUACGAUAGAUCCGAAUAAUUCGAUAUCGAGUAUGGACGAAAUUGUUGAGGAUAUACAGAUUGGAUUAUUCCAUUACUUGAUUCUAAUAUCAUGCGGCCUUUGCUUUGCUGGAUAUAGUAUAUAUUACCAAGCGAUCGGUUUUAUAAUUAUUUCGGCAUGUGAUUUAGAUAUUAAUACAAGUAAUAGGGGUUGGUUAAGUAUGUCAUUGGUGAUCGGGUUUGCUCUUGGCGUUGGCGUACUUGGUAGAAUGGCUGAUAUUUAUGGUAGAAGAAGAAUUCUUCUUUUCUCUUUAACAAUAAAUGUCAUAUCGAUGUUAGCUUCUGCAUUUGCUUUUAACUAUAACAUGUUAGUGGUUAUGGCUUCGAUAAUUGGAUGUUCACACGGCGGCCUUGCAGUAUCUGUUCAUACUUACGUAGUUGAGUUUUUCCCUCGACGUUAUAGAGGUAUAGCGGCUGGAAGUAUGAUUGGAUUCUUAAUCUUAGGAAGCUUAUUUAGUUCGACUAUCGCUUUACUUAUUUUACCUCAUCCUUUUUAUAAACGUAUGGGAAACAUCUAUUUUUCAAGUUGGCGACUAUAUCUUCUCAUUAAUAUUAUUCCCAUGUUGAUUGGUUACUGCAUAAUGCCUUGCAUGCCUGAUAGUAUACGAUUUGCAUUGGAAAAAUCUGAAAGGAAAACUGUAGGGCUUGUACUAGAUAAAAUUAAUCGUAUAAAUUCUUGCUGCCAAAAUGAUAAAAUUUUUCCAAAACAAUACACCAUGCCUUUGAUACCAAUUUCUGAUCAUCUUGACGAUCAGAAUAAGAUGGCAGUUAAGAAUGGACUCCAAAACGAAAUAGGACACUUUCAACUUUUUUUAAAACCACCAUAUCUUCAGCGAUUUCUAUUACUAUCUAUUGGAUGGUUCGGAUUUUGUUUCAGUGAUCAAGGAUUUACCAUAUGGCUUCCAACUGUCGUUUCUUAUUAUACAAGUGGUAAAGUAUGUAGGCAUAGCCAUCAUCAAAUACAUAACGUUUCCCAAAAGGCAAUGCAUGAUCUAGGUUUUGAUAGUUUCCACUGUCAAGUUGGUGAGAACUUGAAAAAAGUCAUUAUGGAUAUCUUAUUUGGAAAUUUAUUUUCUAUACCUAUUGCUAUCAUGUGUCUAUUAUUGGUGAACCGCAUCGGUCGAAAAUGGCUUUAUUGGCCAAUGAUAACAUUUUGUGGAUUUUGUAUUUUAUUAAUACUGCUAAUAGAUAACGAAUUAAGUGCAUUGAUCUUGGGGAGUUUAUUUACAUCGAUUAGCAACAACACCUGGAUACCAUAUAAAACUUGGAGUUCGGAAUUAUUUCCUACAAAGGUUCGAUCAACAGCUAUCGGCAUUUUCAAUGUAAUAGGGCACACAGGAUCCAUAUUAGCUAUGAUAACAUUCUCUUUAUUGUUUCAUAAGAAUUGUACCGCAACUUUGAUAAUAUUUUCAUCGUUAGGUCUGCUAACUGGAUUAGCAGGGUUAUUUCUACCGGACACAACUAAUGCUGAUAUUGAUUAA